CCAGUUCGCGUUCUGACUGCUGCUGACGGAAUUUACUUUUUUGUUGUUGCUUUAAGUAAAAUUAAAUCAUGUAUACGUUCUGGUAUUUUCUCUUACGUUUUACAGGAUUUUAAUAUAUAUCGGUUGCGUUGAAUUUUGAAUUAAUUGAGCUUUCUUUUAAAUUUGGUUUAUAUGUAGUUUUACGUUAUAAUGCCUGCUUCAGUAUAGAAUAACUUCAACAAACAUAAACGUAUUAUUCUGAUUAAAUUUUUUUCUUUAAAAUGAGAUUUGUAAAUAACUGUGUUUGAUAUUGUGCUACAUUUUUUUUAAUUUAAAAUGUCUCCGAAAAAUAAGCAUGUAGUCACAUUUAGGUAAAAUGGAAGACCCUUGUACAGAGAAAGAAGUGGGGCAUCAGAGAAAUCCCGAAAAGUCAGGAAGCGGAGGAAAACUUAAGGUGAUGGUCGAUGAGAAUAUUAAUUCUUGUACAUCAGAGACUGCGCCAGACUUGGCCCAUAUGUUAGUGGACCUAAUGAUAUCCUCUGCCAAAAUGGCAGAAACUUGUGGGACUACCUUUCAGCAAUCUGAGGAUGCUCUCCAGUGUACUGUAGACGCUGUUUCACAGGCUAGGGCUGCCAUGUCAACAUCUAAUCUUUUGCUGUGCAGCAUCCAGAUGAUGGCAAAACAGCUGCUGAAACUCACCCCCUACUCAGAUUUCAGAGAGGUUUUUAGCUGUAUCCCUCAUCUUCCUGUGGAUUAUGACACCUUUCAGAGGCUGAUGAACAUAACCACACAUGAUGGAGCUUCCAUUUCAGGACUCCAGCCAGACAAAACACUGUUGACUAAGACAGAAAGACUUCAUCGGUGCAAUACGUGCCAUUCCUUAUACCCUGUGACUGAGGACUCGAAGGACAGCCCAGAAUUCAGUUCAGCAGAUCUUUCUCAUAAGUCAGCCUGCCACAAAAUAAGUUGCUCUAAAGUUGAUGAUGAUGUUACAGAUGAAGUGGAGGGAAGACCCAGGAAAGAAAUGUUUGGAAAAAGCACAUCGUAUCACAAGCAGAAUAAUGACAGCACAGAUGAAGAGAAGGAAAAGCCCAGGAAAGAAAGGUUGAGAAGAAGCUCAUCACAUCACAAACAGGUAGAUGUUGUAAGGAAGGAGGAGCAUAUGGGUGGUGCCUAUGUUACUCAUCGUCGACGAUCCCCACUCCGAUCUCCAUUUGGUAACAUUGAGGGGCUGUCGCCACUUGUAUCUGACAUAAAAGUUUCCACUCCUAAGCCAACAAGCUGCUCACCAUCUUCACAAGGAACUGUAAAAUACAUCAACAAGUUAAUUCACCAUAAUAUCUCACACGAAGCAUUGGAAAAUGACACAGAACAUCUAGAAGAUUGACUUGAGCCUUCAGACAGAGCAUUAUUGGAUUUCAAAAAUUAGGUUGUAACUUAAAAGGA